CUGUCUGUCUGUCAGCCAGUCAGUCUGCCAGUCUUCUGGCGGAGGCGAAGCGAGAGAGAAGCGAACUUCAACUUGAGGGGAGCUCGACUCAACCACCGACACCACCAUGGGAUCUUCGUCCAGUCUUCUGGAUGAAAACAAAUCCAACAUCAUAAAAGGACGAGCACAGGCAGAGCUGAACAACUUCGCCCCCAUCUACAGGAAGCAGUACAACCUGGCCUAUUUAUCCCAUGUUCAUGAAGAGCUGGUCCAACGCAAAGAGCAGCACACUCAACUUCUCAAACAGAGGGAGCCACCAGCAGCAGCAGAAGUGUUCUAUGAAGACCAUAUGCUAUCCUUCGAGGACAACAGGAAGUGGAAGGACAGGUAUGCAGUCGUUCGAGCCAAUUACUCCCUGGAGUGCCAUGAGAGCUAUGAGUCAUAUGUGAAGGGGACACCACCGCUAUACAAGCUGCUGCCUACUGGAGGCACCGUCUUGAUUGCAGAGGGGAAAUACAUGGAAAUGGUGGACAUGUGCUUCCCUGACACUAACUCAGAUGUGAAGGAAGACUUUGCUCCUUCUAUUGAGGACAUGCCAGGAGAUUACCCUGUCUACCUGCGACUGCCGUACCGUAGAGACUACUACUUCUGCUUCCUCCAGGAAGAGCAGCAAAUUGAGUUCAUCUCUGCUUUAUCUGACUGCAUUCGCCACCAGAACCAAGACUUUCUGAAGAAGAAGACGUGUGAAGUGCAGGCCUUUGUGAAAGCCAUCCAGCUCUACAGGCAGGAGAAGGGUCACUAUGAAACAUGGGAUAUGCUGACUGGCAGUGAUGUGCGGGUGCUGGCAAAUCUCAUAAUGGAAGACUUACUGCCAUCUCUAGUAAAAGAUUUGCUGCCCCGUCUGAAGACCAAGAAGACAGACAAGAGGAAAGCAUGGUUUGUCACGGUGGAGGCAGCUUAUUACCUGGUGCACGAGACCCUGAUGGUUGGCAUGACUGCUCUGAAGAAUGAGUGCAAAGAGAAAGCCAAGAAGCAGAGUGCGCUUAUGCGCUCAGAUAUGGACCAGAUCACCAGCUCCCGAGCGUUCUUAGAGAGCAAGCUCAGAGCCACAGUAGCCGAACCAGCCACCAAAUACUUAAUGGAGCAUGUGGAGCCGUACCUGUCUGCCGUCCUAGAGGAGCUGAUGGGGCCCAUCAGCCUCGGCUUUAAGGAUGCACGGGAGCUGAGCGAAGCCAGGAUGGACAAGCUGUAUCUGGACUACCAGGACAGUAUGUCCAAAGACGAGCUCCGGCUGGCUUUGGUGGAGAUGAGAAAACCAAACCUACAUGCCUGUUAUGAGAAAGUGAGCAGACUGAAAGAACAUAUCCAAGAGUUACAGCAAAGUUUCAGGUACUCCACCAGCAAAGGACUGGAGUACAGCACACAGAUCGAUAUACAACAGCUGGUGGACAACGUGGCAUACACUUUUGAGCUCCUCCUGUGCAAAGCCGAGGAGGAAAACAAGGACCUGGGAGAUGCAAUGGUGAAAGCCAAGCACCGGGUUCUAAAGCAAUAUGACUAUGACAGCAGUACAGUGAGAAAAAGGAUCUUCCAGGAAGCUCUGAUCAACAUCACUUUGCCCAGCAUCAAAGCCCAUUUAGCUCCUACUUUCAAAAAGGAGCUACCAAAAUUUGAGCAGUACAUAUUUGCUGAUUAUGUAUCCUUUAUCAACGUGGAGAACAUCUAUGAAGACAUCCUGCAGCAGAUACUUGAAAAUGAAGUGAGCAAAGUGGUGAAGGAGGCAGCUAGUAUGAAGAAAUACAACCUGUUCAUGGAAUCCAGGUACAAUUUCAGCGUUUCCAGCCUGCGCUCCACUCCCCCGGGUUCAUUACCUGGCAGCCCGGGCCACCCCAGCAACUCCCCAGCUCAGUGCCACACUAAGCUUGCCUCGCCUCUGCUGGACCACAGCUCUGUUGGAGUACCAGCCAUUGAGAAGCAGGAGGCUAAAACCGUAGAGCUGGUGGCUGUGGCCCAGCCAGUGGAGGUUCAGGCUCACCCUACCCAAGUGCAAACUGAGCUUUUGGAAGCACCUACAGGGCUGCAAACUGGUGGAGGACACAAAGCAGAAGGGAAAGCAGUGGUAGAGAUGCCCCUUAGUACUGGAACUGAGACAAAAAGCACAUCCACCAUACCCAAGACACACACAGUGCACCCAACAGUUGUAGAGGAGGUAGCUGAAGCCACGUCUGCUGCCGCUGAGAGUUUGAAUGAAGGAGAAAACACUGAAGUAGAGCCUGUUACGGUAACUUGCCUCUCCACAGAGACAUCGGUGAAGCCACCUAGCCUGAUUAAUAUAGAAUCCACAACUGCAGCUCCCAAAACAUUGGCUGAACCUGUUCCAGAGGCAGUGGAACCAGUAGCCAAUGGGACAUCAGUCAAGUCUAGUUCUGCAGAGAAAGACGCAAGGCCUCUGGAUCAAGUGAUGCAGAAUAAUGACACUUUAACAGGCUUCACACAUGUCACAGAAUCCGGCUCUAGCAUUAGCUCCAACGAGCCUGGCUCUCAAAGUGAGAAUUCACUCAUAGCACCUGAAGAGACCGAAGUCUUAGAGGAUGAUCCUUUUGAUUUCACAGAGAGCGGGACGACACCAGACGAGGUCCCUUCUGAUAUUGUGUCAGGGGUGACCGAGGACAAGGAGGUGGUGGAGAGCGCUGAGGAAGGUGACUCAACAACAGGGGCCGCUAAACCUGGUGAAUCUGCUGUAGUAAGCAUUGAAGCUGCAGCUGCUCAGGCUAAUUUUGCACCAGAAUUCAGUGCCACCACUGAAACAGUUGCAAACCCACAGCCCUCAGCUCCAGAAUCAGAAUCACAGUCCCAGCCCUGUCCCUGCCCUGAGAAGCCAAGAGAAGCCCCUACAGUGGCCAAACCUCUGGACUGCAUCAAGGAGAUCCGUGACCUGGUGGUGGAAGUUAUUGAAGUGGAGGAAGUCAUCCAGCGGUACCCUGACAAUGGAGAGGUGUGACGAAGCCAGAGUGACAGCCAGAGACAUCAGAAUUAGAGGAAAUGCACUGUAACAAAGAGGACAUAUUGUUUAUGAUUAAAUGGAGACUUGAAGGCAGUUGAUGACGUGUUGCACCGUUUGCUAACAGUCAUUUCUUACUAAAAGACUGGGACUGUUACAGCCUCAAUCCUCCAGGUGUUAUAUGAGAGGGGAAUACUACACUUUUUCCUGGUUUUAAGUUGACGUUUAUUAUUGUGUAGGGUAACUUGGGGAUUUCAGAGGCCAGGUUACUGUUUUGAUCAAAGAAUAUGUUCCAUUCACUGAGUGAGAAACACAUUUUCCUCUUCUGUCAUUGUAUGUAUUGUGCUUACAAAUGAAGAUCUAUAUUGAAAUGAUCAGAGUAACUGCAAAAUCUAAUUUAAGCAUUGUGGAAAAUUUGGCCCAAAAUAUUUGUCUUCUGUGCACACUGCCUAACCACCCUUUAUCAGAAACAGCUGUUAAUUUUGUCAGAAAACAUUUUUGUCCAUUUCCAUUCAGCAUGAACAGUCAUCAGAACACAUGUGCUGUGUAUAAAGUCCAUGUGCAUAUAAUACAUCUAUGGUUUAGAACAAAGACAAGCGCUUUAUAUUGCCUAUUACUCCCUAUAAGGGUCUGACCUAUGAUGCUGUCCAUGCUUGUUUGCACAGUUGUCCAACACUGAAGAAUUUUGUGAAGAAUGUUUUGAUGUGACUGUUUCCUAUACAGUAAAGUCCAGGCCAAGAAGACCAGCACAUCAAUUUUUUUCACACUGCUGGUUCACAAGCUUUAUUAGGUUGUUUUCCCAUUUAACACUUAUGACCGUGUUGAAUGACGUAAGACAAACAAAACUAGCUUUUGCAAUCUGUCUUCAAAUUGAGUUUUGCCCUUCAGCCUAGAGUUGCAGGGCCAGAUAUGAUCUUGUAAUGAGAAUAUGCAUCUGGAAACAACAAACUUUUGCAUCUACGUUUAUUUGGAUUUUGGGGGGGAUUUACAGCCAUGCUAAACAGCACUUAAUGAUUGAGAAAAUAUCAAAUUUUCAUACUAAUAUUGUGAUUAUUUUCUACAUAUUAAGGCAAAGUCUGCUUUUGUUGGCCAAUAACACCAGCAAAUCCACCUUUUCUUGCUUAAAGCUUGAAUGCAGUGCACCACACAGCCACUUAGUCAUGGUUGUGAUGUCAUAGCACAUGGGUGUUUGGUUGCUUCUUGUUGGUCUGACACACCUAAAGCCAGUUUGAGCCAUUGGACCAAAUUUUCCCACUUAAGACGGUGAAAAUGUAGGCUAAAAUUCAUUGCACCCCUUGCAAUUAGAAAACUGCACUGUUCAAUAUAAAAACAAUAAAUCUUUCAACACUAAUGCCAACUUGCAUUACAUACAAGGAUAAAGGACAGGCUUGUUGUCCUUUAAAAAAUCUUGAUAGCGCCCAUUGCCCCCUGCUUCAAGCUCUGCCUUCAUGGGACCGUGGAUUGGUUAAGAAAUUUCAUGCUUAGUUUGUUUUCACCAAAAUCUCUCAUGAUUGUCCGCUGACUUUCUCAUUACAAGAUCUUGUCUGACAAGAGUACCCAAUGGUAAACUGGGCAUUAACCUGCAAAGCAAGACUCACCAGUUUAGCUUCUCUGGAAUCCGGUUCUGUCACAUUUGUCCCAGGCAGAACUCAUUAGGUUGUACUUACUUUUACAGGGAUGUGCCAGUCAAAGUACUCCCACUGCAAGUGGUUACAGAAUAUUUGUGUGACGGGUUUAUUUGUGUACAUCUUUGUAAAUCAGUUACUGAGAUGUCUGUUUUUGCUUUUAACAAAAGGUGGACUUCAGCAGACCUUGGUUAAAAAGAACAUCUGUUGCUCUGCCUAUAUUUUUGUACAUAAACAAAACUAUAAAGUUGCAUUUUCUUGCUGUGAUGUUUUGAUGUUUUUUGCUGUGAUGUUUUGAUGUUUUGUGUCAAGUCAUCUGCAUUUUGUAUCCGCAUCUGUCUCACAGAUGCACAGAAUCUUCCAGAAAACAGAAUUACGUCAAAAAUGCAAUUUCCUUUUUAAGUGCUGAACGAGAACGAGAGAACCAUAUGAGAAAAUGUGAAUGGAAUACGCUGCUUUUUCUGAGUAGCAUGUGAAGGUAAAUAAAAGCGAGGGACAGAUGUGGAGGGAGACAUCCAUCAGUUUUCAGACCACCAGAUAACGCCUGGAUAAAGUAGUGGACUUUAUCUCUGCAUUCCAGGACUUUCGAAGCUUGAGCACAAUUUAUCACUUCUAAUUGAGGGACGUCUGUCUGCGAGAUGAGAAGCGCUUAGCCCCCUGGGCUCUCUGUACAAACAAAGGAUGUGACAUUGAUACAUGGACAAGAAAGCACAUGAGAGUGAAACUGAUGCACUGUGGGUCAGAUUCAGUACAAUACUGAGAAAUGAAUGCGCUGAUAAGUUAUGCACUGAAAUCUUUCACUGAAUAACAAAGAGAGUGGCAAGCAAUGAAUGUCAUACUUGUUUACAUUUAAUAUUGCACCACAGAAAUAGAUAUUUUAUAUAAAACAGCAGUUAAGACGAUC